AUGUAUGGAAUGCAGCAUGUACCAAAAGGGAGAAAUUUGCUUCGCAAUGCUAUAGUUUUCAAAGCUUCGUCUGAUUACCAGAUCCUUGGCCAAUCUUUCAACUGGCUGAGCUUCGAAGGCGUUACCGGUGUGUCCAUUAUUGGAGGUGCCCUUGAUGCUAAAGGUACUGCCUUGUGGGCAUGCAAGUUGACUGGAAGCACUGAUUGCCCCAACGGAGGAGCUACGAGUCUGAGUUUUACAAACUCCAAAAACAUUAACAUCAAUGGACUAAUGUCAUUGAACAGCCAGAUGUUCCACAUUGUGAUAAACGGCAGCCAAGAUGUUCGCAUCAAAGGGGUCAAAGUCAAUGCAGCUGGAAAUAGCCCAAACACUGAUGGCAUCCAUGUCCAAUUAUCAAGAAAUGUUGCAAUCUUCAACACCUCUAUCAAGAAAUGUUCAAUUCCUUGA